AUGGGUGGUCACCACACUUGCUGCAAUCAACAGAAAGUGAAGAGAGGGCUUUGGUCACCUGAGGAAGAUGAAAAGCUUAUUAGAUUCAUCACCACUCAUGGCUAUGGCUGUUGGAGUGAAGUUCCUGAGAAAGCUGGGCUCCAAAGAUGCGGCAAGAGUUGUCGCCUGAGAUGGAUCAACUACUUGAGACCUGAUAUUAGAAGAGGAAGAUUCACUCCUGAGGAGGAGAAGUUGAUUAUCACCCUUCAUGCCGCUGUAGGCAACAGAUGGGCUCACAUUGCUAGCCAUUUGCCUGGGAGAACAGACAACGAAAUCAAGAACUACUGGAAUUCGUGGAUCAAAAAGAAGAUACGAAAGCCGUCGCCCCCAUCAACAACUACUGCUACACCUAGUAAUACCAAUCAGCAUUCCCUAUUUGGUACUAGUACUUAUGCUGAGAAUCAACCAAAUUUCUUGAGUCACGAUCAUCAUCUGGCGGCAACGUCAAACCCACCGGUUCAAGAUACCCUAUUUUCUUCCCCUAGUCCCUUAUUCAUGUUCGAAACCGGUUCAGUAGUACUUGAUGGGAUAGAUGGUGACCGUGAUCAUAGAAGGACCGAGCUUUUCCAUGAACCGGCAGGGUUGAAUUCGGGAACUUGGCAUCCUAACCAACAAGAAGUUCAAGCACAAGUACUUCCCCCUCCACCAUCUAAUUUUACAACAGGUGGUAUGAACACCAACUAUAUGCCGCCAUUUUGUAGUAUGAAUGAGGAAGUAGAGCUUGCUCUGGAAUGCUUUCAAAGACAGCAGCAAUCAAAUGAAUGGGUUGAUCAUCAAGAAUCCCAACACUGCCCAAGCUUUCUGUUUUGGGACCAGGGUGAAGGACAAGUACUGAGUGGGCAAGAAAUGGCGCCAACCUCAUCAAACAUUGGAGCUAUGCUAUCUUCUUACCCUUCAUCUUUAUGA